CUGAACUCAGCAAUAGAUGCGUUCAAUUACUUCAGCUUUAUGUUUUAUGGGUUCUCAGCAGGACAGCGCUGUUAUUCUUCAUUUCUAACUACUGGAUAUAUCACCAUCAGCACCAAAAGUGGGACCCAUGAGCCAAGGCAGGAUCAUUAUUCUCUCAUAGAUCAGGUGCAGCUCUGACUGUGAUGGCCAUGUCAUUGCACUGCCACAGGACAGUCGCUUUGGCUGUGGCCUUCUGUUUCCUGCCUUGCAUCACUUCCUCCCUCAACCUGGAGGAUCCCAAUGUCUGCAGCCACUGGGAGAGUUACUCGGUGACAGUGCAGGAGUCAUACGCUCAUCCCUUUGAUCAGAUUUAUUACACCAGCUGCUCCGACAUCCUCAACUGGUUUAAGUGCACCAGACACAGAGUGAGCUACCGGACAGCUUAUCGGAGAGGAACGAAGACCAUGUACCGGAGAAAGUCCCAGUGCUGCCCAGGCUUCAACGAGAAUGGAGAGAUCUGUGCACCUCAUUGUGCAGAGAGCUGUGUUCACGGCCGUUGUAUGGCCCCCAACACCUGCCAGUGUGAGCCAGGCUGGGGGGGAUCCAACUGCUCCAGUGCUUGCGACAGUAACCACUGGGGUCCCCACUGCACUAACAGAUGUCAGUGCCAGAACGGCGCACUGUGCAACCCCAUCACUGGAGCCUGUAUCUGCAUUCCUGGAUACAGAGGGUGGCGCUGUGAGGCCCAGUGUGAAGUGGGCACAUAUGGAAACGGAUGCCAACAGAAAUGCCAAUGCCAGAAUGGAGCCGCCUGUCAACAUGUUACCGGAGAAUGCAAGUGCUCACCAGGAUACACUGGAGCUUUCUGUGAAGACCUGUGUCCUCCAGGCAAACAUGGGCAGCAGUGUGAGGAGAGAUGUCCGUGUCAGAAUGGAGGAGUGUGUCACCAUGUGACUGGAGAGUGCUCCUGUCCUGCAGGAUGGAUGGGUACAGUGUGUGGUCAGCCAUGUCCAGAGGGGAGAUUUGGACAGAACUGUUCCCAGGAGUGUCAGUGUCACAACAACGGCUUCUGUGUGUUGUCCACUGGACAGUGUCUCUGCAGCGCUGGGUACACAGGAGAACGGUGCCAGGAAGAGUGUCCGGUCGGUACUUACGGUGCUGGCUGUGCAAAGACGUGUCGCUGUAAGAACAACAGCAAGUGCUACCACACCAACGGGAUGUGUCUGUGUGAGCCAGGAUACACAGGGGAGACAUGUGACGUCCGACUGUGUGCUGAAGGACACUAUGGCCUCCGCUGUGAUAGGAAGUGUCCGUGUUACGCCUACAACACACGCAGCUGCCACCCAAUGUCAGGGGAGUGUACAUGUCAGCCUGGCUGGUCCGGCCUCUACUGCAAUGAGACAUGCACCCCAGGAUUUUACGGCGAGUUGUGCCAGCAGGUGUGCCAGUGCCAGAACGGAGCUGACUGCCACAGUGUGAGCGGAGAGUGUAUCUGUGCGCCAGGCUUCACGGGUCCCAAAUGUUCAGUGCCCUGCCCAGCAGGAACACAUGGAGUGGACUGCUCCUCCACCUGCAACUGUAAAAACAGAGCUCAGUGUUCACCUGUGGACGGAUCCUGCUCCUGUAAACCAGGGUGGCAUGGAGUGGACUGCUCCAUCAACUGCCCCAGUGGUACCUGGGGUCUGGGCUGUAACCUCACCUGCAUGUGUGGGAACGGAGGAGCGUGUAACGCCCUGGAUGGUCACUGUACCUGUGCUGCAGGCUGGAGAGGAGAGAGGUGUGAGCUCCACUGCCAGGAUGGCACCUAUGGUCUGGACUGUAAGGAGCGCUGUGACUGCAGUCAUGCUGAUGGGUGUCACCACUCUACUGGUCACUGCCGCUGUCUGGCUGGAUGGACAGGUAUCCACUGUGACAGUGUGUGUGCCGAGGGACGCUGGGGCCCAAACUGCUCCCUCCCCUGUAACUGUAAGAACGGAGCGUCCUGCUCUCCAGAUGAAGGGACCUGUGAGUGUGCUCCAGGAUACAGAGGCACCACCUGCCAGAGGAUCUGCUCUCCAGGUUACUUUGGUCAUCGCUGCAGUCAGACGUGUCCACAGUGUGUGCACAGUAACGGGCCGUGUCACCACAUCACAGGCCAGUGUGACUGUCUGCCAGGCUUCAGGGGGGCGCUGUGCAACGAGGUGUGUCCCAGUGGUCGCUUUGGGAAGAACUGUGCCUGGCGCUGCAGCUGCACCAACAACGGCACCUGCAACCCCAUCGAUGGCUCGUGUCAGUGUUAUCCAGGAUGGAUCGGCAGCGACUGCUCCCAGCCGUGUCCGCCUAGUCAGUGGGGACCCAACUGCAUCCACACAUGUAACUGUCACAACGGAGCCUACUGCAGUGCUUAUGAUGGAGAAUGCAAGUGCACCCCAGGAUGGACCGGCCUGUACUGCACACAACGCUGUCCAUUAGGCUUCUAUGGGAAGGACUGUUCUCAGACCUGCCCGUGUAGGAAUGGAGCUGACUGUGAUCACAUCUCUGGACAGUGCACCUGUCGCACCGGCUUCAUGGGACGCCACUGUGAACAAAAGUGUCCUCCCGGUACAUAUGGUUAUGGCUGCCGUCAGGUCUGUGACUGUCUAAAUAACUCCACGUGUGAUCACAUGACCGGAACAUGUUACUGCAGCCCAGGCUGGAAGGGAGCUCGCUGUGACCAAGCUGGUGUAGUGGUGGGCAGCCUCAACAGUCUGACCAGUGCAGCCAUGCAGGUGGACGCCUACCAGAUCGGAGUCAUCGCAGGAAUCAUCGUCCUGGUGCUGCUGGUGCUCUUCCUCCUCCUCCUUUUCAUCAUCUACAGAAAGAAGCAAAAGGGCAAAGAGCCCACCAUGACGGCUGUAACCUACACUCCUGCUAUGAGGGUCGCUGCUGAUUACACCAUUGCAGAUGCUCACCCACCAGCAUGCGAGACCCACCCCAGCAACUACUUCUCCAACCCCAGCUACCAUACUCUGACGCAGUGCAUCAGCCCCCCACAUGCUAACAACGCUCCAUAUGGACAGGCCAAGAGCAACCAGCUGUUUGUGAACUUGAAGAAUGUCGAGCAGAGAAAAAGGGCUCCUCUAGCUGGACACAGUGGCACACUGCCUGCAGACUUUAAACAACAAGACUGCUUCAAUGAACUGGGAGCCUACGGAGUUGACAGGAGAUAUAUGGGGAAAUCUUUACGAGAUCUGAAGGGCACACUCUAUCACGCCAGCUCCUGCUCCCUCAACAGUUCGGAAAACCCAUAUGCCACGAUAAAGGACCCUCCCCUACUGGCAGCCAAAAACACAGAGUGUGGCUACGUGGAAAUGAAGUCUCCCGCCAGGCGGGAUUCACCGUACGCUGAGAUCAGCAACAACAGUCCGACCCCAAACCGGAAUGUCUAUGAAGUUGAGCCGACUGUAAGUGCCAUGACUGGAGACAGCAAUGGCCACGUACAGUUUGGUCAAGAUCCGUACGAUCUACCAAAGAACAGCCACAUCCCCUGUCACUACGACCUCCUGCCAGCCAGAGAGAGCCCCACCCCAGAGCACAAGGAGCUGCACAGUGAAUGAUGGCACAGAGACUCAGUACAGAGACCAGCUCUCACCUCCAGUCUGCAGCACCAACAGGCACACUUUCACAUGCUUUCACUUGUUUUCUUGCUGUUAUACUUUGACACCAUCAUUGUAGUUGUGUAUCUUGAUGUCUUUCUGAACAAAGUGGGUAUGUAAGAGGUGGGAGGUUAGUUUUGAGGUUUAGCUGUUAUUGUUUACAACAAUUUGUAAACUGCGAUAAAGUCUUCGUAGGUCAUUCCACAUAAGGUCUAAGUAUGCUCUGAACGAAGCAGUUUGUCCCAUUCCUGCUAAAUGGUUUCUACCUGUUCCAAGUGACCACACUCUAAGUCGGUCACAGCCUCCUUCUGACUGCCUCUCUCCAACAGCUCUGGGACUUUGGCAGGUUUUGUAGUCUUGCUGUGACAAAUCAUACAAAUGACGAUAACUCUCACAUGUUGCUGAAGCAUUUGUGGUGUUGCGCUUGGUUGUACACACGGAAAGUGACCUUUCCAUACCUCCACACAAUGGCAACACCUUGCUGCCUCAAAGUGGGCGUGAUUGUUGGAUUAUUGGGAAAGUACUUUGUUUCAAGCAUACUGAAGCCUUUACAAUGUUUUCAUAUAACAUUCAAUACUCAUCAAAUCUCUAUUUUUGUAACAGUAUUAGAAAAUGGCUAAUUUGAUUGAAUUUUAGCACCUAUAUCAAAGAUUAGAUGUUUGUUAAAGAGAGUAGUAGAGUCAAAAUGCUGACAGUGUUUGAUGUUGGAAGAGUCAGUGUUGGAUCAGUAUUUAAGUUAACCAAAGGUACAAAUUCCAUGUAUAUACUAUUUUUAUCAGCGUAGUUCAAAGCUCUGCAAAUUGUUUAAUCCAAGAGGUUCCGAGCUGAGCCUCUUCUCGUUGUUACAGUAAUCGAUUUUAGGUCCUUUCCUUUUCAGUUAAACAGCACACCAUACAGAAUGAUACAUAGAAGACGAGGAUUUCAUUUGAUCUUAAACAAUAAAAAAGCUGAAUUCAUGAAUAUCACUCACCAUAUCUCUUUUGAGCAGGAAGUUCUUCCCUACAGUACUUUGCAUAAGGAACUUGUGCUCAGUGGACUACACACAAUUCUUAUUUGUCUUGAUGAUUGAUUGAUCCGUCUUGCUAAGGUCAUUGCAGUUCCUUCUGAAUGAUCAUCAGAGGUGUGGGUAGUUUUAGAUCAGCGUGUUCAUUGUGACCCUGUUUCCUUGUAUUAACAUGUGAUCUGUAUUUGGAUAUCUUGUGUGGAUCAGAUAGAUGACAGAUGAAGUUAGCCUUCAUCGGUCUCCCUCUGUCCCGGGACCCUUGCCUUGUCGCGGCCGUGCAUAGAGUAUUCCUCAUGGCUUCACUUGGUCAGGUGUUUAUCGACAGCCUACUUAAUUUACAUAUCAACAUCGAACCACAAUGUGGGCAGAAUCAACACAGAAUACUGAUAACAAGAACAUCCACAUGACUUCUAAAUUUCAAGCACCUUUUUGCUAUUCAGUAAUUGCACUGAAAGUACUUUUCUGAAAAUAAACACUUCAAAUUGGUAUUUGUAAAAUGUGUCAAUGACACUGAAUGAUGUGGUUAAUAGUACAUGUAUAAAAUGCUCAUCACAGUGUCCCCAUAUCCUGUUAUCUUUCUGAAGACAUCAUUCUGAAAAUAAUUUAAAUGCAUUAUUUUGUUGUUUAUUUGCUAUUUGUGUUAAUGUACUGAAUAACUUGAAUGGAAUGUUAUUAUAAACAGAAUUUAAAGUUCUGUGUAAAAGGGGACGGAGCAUGCAGCGUUAUGACAAUUUCCACCAGCAAAUGUAAGAAUUCAACCAAUGAGUACAUCACGUCAGUGUUGUACAGGAGGCACUUGAAAGCCUUCUCCACUGCAGUAACCCUGACCUGGGGCUUUACACCGACUAUCCUGAGCUUUGAAGAAUUCCUUUUGUUUCCACUGCGUCUUGCAUGGGGCUUCCUCUAAUUCAAACCUUUAACAACCUUGUGAAGCUUAAGUACGAGGCUCUUCUUGUAUGUCCGCUGUUUUUAACAAACUGGGACAAAGAAGUAAGAAUUGUCGCAAUAUUGUUAUUGACGUCUCUUAUUUAUGUGAAGAAGUUUAUUGCUGAUGAAGAAUCCAUGCUGUGGCGUAUGCAUAAUGUGGGCUGGCAUGAAGCUGUAAUACUCGCCUAUUAUAAGAACAAGAAUGGCCUAAAACAUGUAUAUCCAGAUACAUAACACAUCAAAACAGGAUUGUUGUGGAACUCAAAAUGCAUCAGUAUUGGUAUACAUCAGAUAAUUAGUAACGUUUCUGUUUUUAACUAGCCUAUAUACCGUACUACAAUAGGAUAAUAGAAUUCCUGAAAUUCAGUUAUGGAUUUUGGGUUAGGUGUGCCACCGCAGGAUUUUAACCCGUAUGAAAGAUUUCUUGGGGCACCACUGAAUCCAUGUCACUGCUACAGUAGGUCAGCGCAUUGAAGUACUUUGUAGUUUUUUGUUUUGCUCCCCUAUGUAACGUUGUUUUAUUAUUUGAAUGUUUCCCUGCACUGUUUAGUGUGUCUGGUCAAGAUGUUGGUUUCUCACUGCUGACUCUUACUUCUUUUAAAUGGCCAAAUACUAAUGAGGGUCAGCACGUGCAGGUUUAUUACUCUUCUUUUGGGUUGACCAGCUCCAUACAGUAAUACAAUGGUUGUUACGACACAUGUGCUUGACAAAUCAUAAUUGCCAGCACUUCUGACGUCCUUUGAAAGUUUCUGAAACUUUAGUUUCACGUUCUGAGCUCAAAUUUAGUUCCACAAGUAAGUAUUGCUCUUCCUGCUCCUUACAGACGCAGGGGUAAAAUGGUUACUGUUACUGUUACUGUUGUUGUGUUUGUCACUUGAACAAUCAUAAUAGACAGCACUGUGGACAAUCCCUGGAAGUACCUGGAACCUUGUAUCACCUCCAGAGCAAAGCCCGAACUAGUCCCCAAAGCAGGCAGAGAACAGUGAAAACAAAAGUAGAAGCAACAACAAUGGAAACACUUGACAUGUUUGUUCCUGUGCUAGUCAGGAGAUAUUUGUGAUUUUCCUCAUCAUUAGGAUUCAUGACUUCCUGUGUGACAUCCAAACAACCCAGUCAUCUGUACAAUAAGACCUAACACAGUUGCUCAUCUUUAUAACUGCAAUUUAAGGGCUUGACAUAUCUAAUGGAAAGCAAGCUUAAGCUGGACUUUAGCUCUUUGAAAGGAACAGUUCAUAUUAGUAGUCUCUAAUGAACAUCGUCGUAUAUUGCAGAAAAUAGUUGCUUUUGAAUGAUUGUAUGUUUUUUUGUCUUCCCUGUAUUCUGAAUUGCCUAAAAUAGCAAACAAUCUUAAGCUAUUCUGAGCUUAUUUGAAAUGUUUGUAAAAUAAUGUAUAUAGUUUGAUCAGUUGUGUAAAAAUAUUAACAUCACCCAUCGUCUUAUGUCCGAAGUUGAAAACAACAAAUGUAGCAUUUGGUUUAGAACUGAUACAACGAUUAUGAAAGCUGGGAAACUUGAGAGAUAUUGAAAGAUACUGCAUUUCUUUUGUAAUCUUUUUCCGUUCCAGUCUGCCGGAGUACUGUGUAUAUAAAUGACCACUGAAGAUGUUUGCUCUGAAAGGAAUGCUUGUCAUUUUAAUUAUAAUAAUCAAAUUGAUCUGUUUCUUGACUCUUAAUUGGUUCUUUCAUCCUCAAGUUCCAAAAGAAGAAUCAUUUUCACACAAGCUGCCACUGCACAAUCUUUCCCUAAUAAGGUGACAAUGAUGUAGCCUCUGCCACAAUGGGAUUCUUUUACGCUUUUUUGGGUUUUGUUUUUCAUUAUAGUUCUGUUUGUGCAAAUGCUUUGGAAUAAAAUGACAUAAUA